GUGACUGUGCUCAAUACCAUGGCGGCUCUGUGCUGAGGCAGGAGUUAAACAGCUACUAAGAGUGGUAAUUUGUAUAUCUGCUUCCGCUUUAUGUUGUGCUCAGGAAGACUUUGUCGAUUUGAAGACCUCUACAUUUACCUAUCACUGCUAAGAGAAGAUGAAGUCGGAGGAUGACAAAGGGAAAACAAAAACCAUGUUUCUGUCGCGGGCUCUGGAAAAAAUCUUAUUUGAUAAGGAGGUGAAGCGCAGCCAGCAUGCACAGCUCCGGAAAGCGUGCCUUAUCGCCCUUGGCUGCCUCCCAUGCAAACUUAUAGCAUAUGGCUAUAUUACUGGUAAUGCUCCAGACAGUGGCACACCUGGGAAAAGAUUAAUUGAUAGAAUUGUAGAAACUAUUUGUAAUUGUUUUCUGGGACCACAGACUGAUGAGGAUGUUCAACUCCAAAUAAUAAAGGUUCUGCUGACAGCUGUAACUUCUCCUCAUAUUGAAAUUCAUGAAGGAACAAUCCUGCUCACUGUGCGGACAUGUUACAACAUAUACCUUGCUAGCAAAAACCUUAUCAACCAAACCACUGCCAAGGCAUCAUUGACUCAGAUGCUUAAUGUGAUUUUCACCAAGAUGGAAACCAAGGCUGUGCUGGAAGUGAAACAACUUGAAAAAGAAAGAAAGAAAAAUCUGGCUGCAGCUUUAUCUACAAGUUCUUCUAAAGAAAUAGGAGAUCUUCCAUCUGUGAAGCAGCCAAGAAGUGCUGAAGACUAUAAUGAAGGAAAAGUAAAAAAUGAUUUUGUUGAGAACAGUACUAGAAAGGAGAGUCCAGACCUUGAGGCAUGCAAGGAAGACGCACAGUAUAUAGAGGAAACAUCACGAAAUGCUGGAGCAGAGUGGAUGGUAAUCAAAGAAAGGGAGUCCAUAGUGAGUGAAGUUUUGACUUUAGAAGCUUGGAAAGAUGACAUGGUGCUUCCAACAGAAGGAACAGAGAGUGCACAUGCAAAUGGAAUUGCUGUGAACAGGAUAUCAGUGUUUUCUACUGACAUAAUGGAUCCUGAAGCAAGUCCUUGUCCCCCAGCUGCUCGAUUCUCUCAUAUAUUACAAAAAGACGCAUUCCUUGUCUUUAGAUCACUUUGUAAGCUGUCAAUGAAACCAUUAGCUGAUGGUCCACCAGAUCCAAAGUCUCAUGAACUCCGAUCAAAGAUUGUUUCUCUUCAGCUUCUCCUGUCAAUUCUUCAAAGUGCUGGUCCAGUUUUUAGAACCCAUGAAAUGUUUAUCAAUGGAGUUAAACAGUACUUAUGCGUAGCCUUGUCUAAGAAUGGCGUUUCCUCUGUGCCUUAUGUGUUUGAGCUCUCAUUAGCCAUUUUUCUUACUCUGCUUUCCAAUUUCAAGAUUCAUCUCAAGAUGCAGAUUGAGGUGUUCUUCAGAGAAAUCUUUUUAACAAUACUGGAGACCUCCUCUAGUUCUUUUGAACAGAAAUGGAUGGUUAUUCAGGCAUUGACAAGGAUUUGUGCAGAUGCACAAUGUGUAGUGGAUAUUUAUGUGAACUAUGACUGUGAUUUAAACGCUGCUAAUAUCUUUGAGCGUCUUGUAAAUGACUUGUCAAAAAUUGCUCAAGGCAGAAGUGGACAGGAGCUUGGAAUAUCAUCUAUUCAGGAGUUAAGCUUGAGGAAGAAAGGCCUUGAAUGUUUAGUUUCCAUUUUGAAAUGUAUGGUGGAAUGGAGCAAAGACCUCUAUGUAAAUCCAAAUCUCGAGGCCAGUCUUGGUCAGGAAAAAGUAUCUGAGCAAGAUGUCAAUUAUGGGAAAGUACUGGAUUCACUUAUAAGGCGAGACAGUGUUAACUCCAUGGACUCAACUGUUUCCUCUGGCAUUGGUAGUACAAGCACUCAGGCUUCCCUGGCUGAUGACCCUGAGCAAUGUGAGGUCAUUAAACAGCAGAAGGAAGUAAUAGAACGUGGUAUUGAGUUGUUUAACAAAAAACCAAAGAGAGGAGUGCAGUAUUUACAAGAGCAAGGCAUGCUUGGGGAUACUACAGAGGAUGUUGCGCUGUUUCUUCAACAAGAAGAAAGACUUGAUACAACUCAGGUGGGAGAGUUUCUUGGUGAAAAUAGCAAAUUCAACAGGGAAAUUAUGUAUUCAUAUGUGGAUCGUCUUGAUUUCUGCGGCAAAGACUUUGUUUCAGCUCUGCGGAUUUUCCUGGAGGGCUUUCGUUUGCCUGGAGAAGCCCAAAAAAUAGAUCGUCUGAUGGAGAAAUUUGCUGCAAGAUAUUUAGACUGCAAUCAAGGACAAACACUUUUUGCCAGUGCAGAUACAGCCUAUGUUUUAGCUUACUCAAUAAUUAUGUUGACCACUGAUCUUCACAGCUCACAGGUUAAGAAUAAAAUGAGUAAGGAGCAAUAUAUCAAGAUGAACCGGGGAAUUAAUGACAGCAAGGACCUACCUGAAGAGUACUUGUCUUCUGUCUAUGAUGAAAUAGCUGGAAAGAAAAUUGCAAUGAAAGAAACCAAAGAGUACUCCAUCACACAAAAAUCUAACAAACACAAUGUAGCAAAUGAGAAACAAAGGCGCCUACUCUGUAACCUGGAGAUGGAACAGAUGGCUAAAACAGCCAAAGCUUUGAUGGAGGCAGUUAGCCAUGCACAGGCCCCGUUCACCAGUGCAACACAUCAGGAGCAUGUCAGACCCAUGUUUAAGCUUGCUUGGACCCCACUUUUGGCUGCUUUCAGUGUUGGCCUGCAAGACUGUGACGACCAAGAUGUUGCGGCACUAUGCUUGGAAGGAAUCCGUUGCGCCAUAAGAAUAGCCUGCAUUUUCUGCAUGCAGCUUGAAAGAGAUGCAUAUGUCCAAGCCUUGGCUCGUUUCACUCUACUUACAGCCCGCUCAAGUAUUACAGAGAUGAAACAAAAGAAUAUUGACACAAUCAAAACUCUAAUAACUGUGGCACACACUGACGGAAACUAUUUGGGAAACUCUUGGCAUGAGAUUUUAAAGUGUAUCAGUCAACUGGAAUUGGCUCAACUUAUUGGAACUGGAGUUAAAACCCGCUAUGCAUCUGGUGCCAUAAGAGAAGAGGAAGGCAGUAUCCGUGUUUUCCCACCCAGUGGAGAGGAGUUCAUACCUUUGAAUUUGGGAAUAUUAGUUGGUGGCACAGACAGAAGAAUGGCAAGCAUUCUGGAGUCCGUUGGAGAGACAAGCUCACAGAGCGUUGUAGUUGCAGUGGAUCGAAUAUUUACUGGAUCAACAAGAUUAGAUGGCAAUGCAAUAGUGGACUUCGUGCAUUGGCUCUGCGUGGUCUCAAUGGAUGAACUAGAAUCACUUCAUCAUCCUCGCAUGUUCAGCUUGCAGAAGAUUGUAGAAAUCUCAUAUUACAACAUGAACAGAAUCCGGCUACAGUGGUCUAGGAUCUGGCAAGUAAUUGGAGAUCAUUUCAAUAAGGUUGGCUGUAACCCAAAUGAGGAUGUGGCAAUAUUUGCUGUCGACUCCCUGAGGCAGCUAUCUAUGAAAUUUUUGGAGAAAGGAGAACUUGCAAACUUUCGUUUCCAGAAGGAUUUCCUGAGGCCUUUUGAACAUAUCUUGAAAAAGAACAGGUCUCCAACUAUCCGUGACAUGGUAAUUCAUUGCAUAGCUCAAAUGGUGAAUUCACAGGCUGGCAAUAUCCGCUCUGGCUGGAAAAACAUUUUCUCAGUGUUUCAUCACGCAGCUUCAGAUUAUGAUGAGUCAAUAGUGAAAUUGGCUUUUCAAACUACUGGUCAUAUUGUUGUGAGCAUAUUUCAGAAACAUUUUUCAGCUGCCAUAGAUUCCUUUCAGGAUGCAGUAAAAUGUCUGUCAGAGUUUGCUUGCAAUGCUGGUUUUCCUGAUACAAGUAUGGAAGCAAUACGACUCAUCAAACACUGUGCUAAAUAUGUGUCAGAAAGACCACAGUCUUUGAAGGAGUACACUAGCGAUGAUAUGAAUGUGGCCCCAGGAGACCGAGUAUGGGUUCGUGGAUGGUUUCCUAUUCUCUUUGAGCUGUCUUGCAUCAUUAAUCGUUGCAAACUGGAUGUUCGAACUAGAGGUCUUACAGUUAUGUUUGAGAUAAUGAAGAGUUAUGGCCUCACCUUUAAGAAACAUUGGUGGCAAGAUCUCUUUCGGAUUGUCUUCAGAAUUUUUGACAAUAUGAAACUCCCAGAGCACCAAACUGAGAGGACAGAGUGGAUGAUGACAACAUGCAAUCAUGCACUGUAUGCAAUCUGUGAUGUUUUCACUCAGUUCUAUGAGCCUUUAAAUGAGUUCUUACUGGCAGAUAUCUUUGCACAAAUUCAGUGGUGUGUAAAACAGGAUAAUGAGCAACUUGCAAGAUCAGGCAUAAAUUGUCUUGAAAAUCUCAUAAUUCACAAUGGUAACAAGUUUUGUCCCCUGGUAUGGGAUCAAACCUGCAGCUGUAUGCUGGAGAUCUUCAAAACCACAAUCCCUUAUACACUGCUAACAUGGAGACUAACUUGUCAGGAUGAUGAUGUUCUUGAAAAAUACUCUGAUGUGGAAAUAGAUUGUCAGUCUAUUUACAGUACUGAGAGAAAUCCAUCAGAAAGAGGUUUGAGCCAGCUGUCUAACCAUAGUGAUGAAACCUGGAAAGGAAAAUCCUUUGCAAAUUACAAGCUGUUUGGGAGCCUUCUAAUUAAAUGUGUAGUGCAAUUGGAACUGAUUCAGUCAAUAGACAACAUUGUCUUCUACCCAGCAACCAGCAAAGAAUACGAUGAUGAACAUAUGGCUGCAGCUCAGAAGGAUAUUUUCGAGGCAGAUGUUAACUUUGAUACCGAAAAUCAAGGGAUGUACAAGUACAUGUUCUCUAAACACCUUUUCAAGUUGCUGGACUGCCUUCUUGAGUCACAUUCCUUCGCAAAAGCAUUCAACUCUAAUAAUGAACAGAGAACAGCACUGUGGAGAGCAGGAUUUAAAGGAAAAUCUAAACCCAAUUUAUUGAAGCAAGAAACCAGCAGUCUAGCUUGCUGUCUACGAGUUCUUUUUUCUAUGUACUUAGAUGAAAAUUUAAAGGAUUCCUGGAAUGACAUACAGUCCAGACUGAUCAAUGUAUGCAGGGAAGCUCUUUCCUACUUUAUUUCUCUGACUUCAGAAAGCCAUAGAGAAGCUUGGACAAACAUUCUGAUGCUACUUCUUACAAAAUCCUUAAAACUGAAUGAUUCAAAAUUCAAAAUCCAUGCUUCCAACUACUAUCCCUACAUGUGUGAAAUCAUGCAGUUUGACCUAAUCCCAGAACUCCGUGCUAUAUUGAGAAAGUUUUUCCUGCGCGUCGGCCUUGUAUUUCAGAUAUAUGCUGCUGAGAACCAAAGAAAAGUUGCUGAACCUUAAAACAUAAUGUGUAUGAGAAUCUGCUCAUUUUGAGGAAACUAAUAUAUAUAUAUAUAAUCAACAGAAAGCAGCACUCACAGGAAAGAGGUGGUUUAGUGCAUGCUUAAAAUUGUAUAUAAUAUCUUAUUUUUCUUUGACCUUAAAUAUGUUUAAAGUUUCAAAAUGGUUUGUCAUCAUUUAAAAGGUUUUAGCCUUUGAAAGCAAUUAUAACAAUGUAGUAGAAAUAAAAAUAAGGUAUUAACUUUUUUGUUUAAUCUCUCAUUGUAAGUCAAUUAUACAUUUAUUGCUGUUUCUAUUUACAUACUAAGAUAUGCAUUUAAUUUACAUUCUUGUCUGUCAAUAUUGCUUAUGAUCCCACUUGCUAAAAACUGGCUUCAGGAAAUGAGUGGAUGAAUGGAUAUACAUACAUGUAUAAAUAAAUAGUGCAUUUCAUGUAGUGCAGAUUUAUGCUGCAUAUUUGUGGUUGUAAAUUGGAUAAAUAUUACGUAAUCAUAGUGUAUUGAACAUGGUAAUAUCUCUAAUUUCAUUGUGUAGUAGAUUUAGAGUUUUAUUUAGUCAGAGAAAGACUGUAGGUAAUAAAGUGGAAUUUGAAAUCA